AUGAAAAUUCACGUGCCCACUCUUUGCGUCGCACAGCAGAUCUGCGUCGCGUGUGCGGGCGAGGACGACAUGACGAUACGUUGCCGGUGGUGCAAUGUGCGCAAAUUCGUGUUCCGCGAUGAUCCGGUGAGGCAAUUCGUCGAUUUUGUUACGAGAACGACGAAAUGUUUCAAGCAGAUUAUCUGCAUCGCGCACAACGCCAAGGCGUUCGACGCGCAGUUCAUCCUUCGUUACAUCACGGAAAAACGUGGCGAUUUGGAUCCACAAGUAAUAUUAAACGGGACAAAGAUUGUCGUAUUAACGGCCGGGCGUACAAAAUUUAUUGACAGUAUCAACUAUAUGCCNAUGCGUUUGUCAGCUCUGCCGCAAGCUUUCGGUUUGCGGGGUAGGGUGGAAAAGGGAUAUUUUCCGCAUUUAUUUAACACACUCGCGAAUCAGUCGUACGUCGGUCCGUUACCAGCCGUUGAAUAUUACUCGCCGGAUAGUAUGUCUAGCGAAGAACGCGAACGUUUUUUGUCGUGGCACGCGGAACAGAUGCGCGAAGACGCAGUUUUUGACUUUCAACGCGAGAUAGUGCGUUAUUGUCGUAACGACGUUGAUAUCUUGCGGCGAGCGUCCAUGGCUUUCCGCAAGAUAUUUCUCGAGCGCGGAAACGUAUGUCCGUUUGAAGAAUGCACGACCAUCGCUUCCACAUGCAUGCGCGUUUUCCGCAAAAACUUUUUACGUGAAGAAGAGAUCGGCGUCAUUCCUCGCGACGGAUAUAGCCUCGCGGAUACGCAAUCCCGCAAAGCUCUGCAGUGGCUGGUGUGGAAGAAGCGCGAGCUCGGCCGCAUUAUUGUUCACGCGGGUCACGGGCAAGAACAUCGUCUCGUGGAAGUCGGAGGCAUUCCCGUCGACGGGUAUUACGAGACGGCGAACGGGUACAUCGUGACGGAGAAAUGGGAGUACGCUUUUGAUCGCAAUACGCGGGAAAAUCGCGAAAUGCAAGCGUUUUUAGACCAACAUCCNAUGCUCGCAGAUAAACCGCUUUCACCGCGUGACGCGUUUUUCGGCGGUCAAACGGGAAACAUCACGAUUCGGCGCGAAAUUACGGGUACGGAGAAAAUACGUUACGUAGACGUGUGUUCUCUAUACCUUUACGUGUUGAAAACCGGCGCUUUCCCGAUUGGACAUCCGAAAAUUCUUGUCGGACAAAAAGAGUGCGCCUCGCUCAUCGGGGCGAUAUCCGGUGUCAAUAUUUCCGCGGUCGAAGGGCUUGUGCGUUGUAGAGUGCUCCCUCCGCGCAAUCUCUUUCACCCUGUACUCCCGUACCGCGUGCAGGGCAAACUACUGUUUGCUUUGUGCCNCAGUUGCUGCGAAAACUUCUCGCAGACACAGUGCUCGCACGAAAAUCUACGCGAUCGUGAAUUCGAAGGCGUGUGGGUAUCGUGUGAAUUACGCAAAGCUGUGGAANAGGGUUAUUUCGUGAGUGCAGUGAGCGAGAUAUGGCAAUACGAGACGAGCCGAUACGACGCUGAUACGCGUCAAGGAGGAUUAUUUGCCGAAUACAUAAACUGUUUUCUCAAAUUGAAGCAAGAGGAGAGCGGAUGGCCGAGCGAAUGCGUGGGCGACCAAUCUAAAGAACGAUAUCUUCGAGAAUACAAAGCAGUCGAGGGUAUCGCUCUAGAUAGAGCAAACAUUGCGCAAAAUCCAGGUCUACGCUCGGUCGCAAAGCUGUGCCUCAAUUCGUUUUGGGGAAAAUUCGGGCAACGAUCGAACUUGACGAGUACCGAGGUGGUAAAGUCGCAGGAACGUCUCGUAUUGCUAUUGUCGAGCCCCGAGCACGAGGUAACCGAUAUAUUACCUGUAAAUGACAAGGUAAUAUAUGUUUCGUGGCGAAUGCGGGACAAGGCGGUUGUAUCCUCUCCGAUUACCAACGUGAUAAUAGCGGCGUACACGACGGCACAGGCGCGAUUGAAACUGCACGAAUAUUUAGAACGUUUAGGCGAGCGCGUUCUUUAUUACGAUACAGAUUUGUGUAUUUAUGUGAGCAGCGGAGAACCCGGCAAAUACGAACCGCGUACGGGAAAUUUCCUGGGCGAUAUGACGGACNAGCUCNAAGGCUACGGNCGUGGUAGUUACAUCGAGUCGUUUGUAUNCGGUGGCCCGAAAUUUUACGCGUACGUAGUUUGUACUCCGGACGGUGGCGCGCGGGAGAGGUACGGUACCGCUCGAAAAAAGAGAGAAAAACCGUUUAAUCCGAUACAAAACGGCGCUGCGACGUAUCGCGGAACNAAGAGGUAUUUGGAGGUGCAAGAGAAACCUGCUGGUGCAACAAGGAGGCUUUUUAUCGUACAUCAUCGGGCCCAUACUCACAGCUUUAUUAUCUCGAAUUAUCGAGUAAACAUGGGACGGACUAAAAAAAUGGUGCUGAUUUCUACGGAUAAUCUCGAAAGAAUGCAACAACGAAUGGCGGGGGAAAAUACCACUGCUAAUACCACACGCACUCCCGGAAUCGUGCUCUCGCGUCUCGACGCGGAGAUGAGACGUAUUCUCGAUUNCCCUGUUGAUGAAGAAAAAGAUCCAUCUGUGGCGGAAACAACUGCUGUGACUGGUGAAGAAAGGGAAGAGAAGGAGGACGAGGAAAUGAGAGAACUAUUUCACGACGCGGAAGAACCAAUGGACGCUUUGCCUCAAACAUCCUCUGUUUUACCAAAACAUUAUUCAACACCAUUACGACACAAUAAUAAUAAUAGUCACUGUUAUAAGGUGCUAGUGUAA